AUGUCGAAUAUCCCGCGGAUGGAGGAAACUGUCGACAAAUGUGUACAGAUGCUUGUCGACAAGCUGAGCGAGGGUGCAACGAAUGGUAGCACGCUUGAUAUGUCGAUUUGGGUCCAAUGGUACGCCUUCGACGUUAUCGGACAGCUAUUUUUUAGUCGCAUGUUUGGCUUCAUGAAGGACGCUCAUGAUUGUGGUGGAUACAUUCACUCCUUAGACCUUUUGAUCCCUUUCAUCGCCGUUGCCUGCGCUUCGCCAGCGUACUUACGACCGAUCGUGCUUAUCAGCGGCGCAAUGAUACCACGCGUAUCCAAAGCACUCAAAGCGCUGAAACACAUCGAAGAAACAUCUGAAGCAUGCGUUACCAAGCGGAAAGGUCGCAUCGCGCGCGGCAAAGCCGAUGACUGCGAAGAUAUGCUGCAGAGCUUCUUCAAGGUCAUGCAGCAGAAGGGUACCGAGAAGGAAUUUGGACUGAUAGAGGUAAAGGCGGAAGUUUAUGGAGCUUUGUGGGUUCUCUCUCGCGGCUUCACUCGCGCACUAACAUUCACUAGCAUCGCCGGCUCCGACACCACCGCAGCAGCCAUCACCGCUGUCCUCUACUACCUGAUGCGUACCCCGUCCGCCUACCUCAAGCUCACUGCCGAGAUAGACGAAGCUGCGCAAGCCGGACUAUUAAGCCCAAUCAUCCAGUACCAUGAGGCAGUGGGACUACGAUACCUAAUGGCUUGCUGCAAGGAGGGUAUGCGACUCCACCCAAGCGUGGGUAUGGCACUACCACGUCACGUGCCCAAAGGUGGAUGUGUGAUCGCUGGCGAAUGGUUUCCUCCUGGCACUCGAGUUGGUAUGAAUGCAGCGGUGGUACAGCGCGAUAAGAGCAUCUUCGGCGAUGAUGCAGAUGACUUCGUGCCUAAACGAUGGCUUGGCCCAGAUACUGCAAGGAUGGAGAGGUAUAUGUUACAGUAUGGUGGUGGAUCGCGAACAUGUAUCGGGAAGAAUAUCUCGUUGUGCGAGACGUACAAGGUGAUACCGCAACUUCUACGCGACUUCGACCUUGAGCUCCUCGAACCAGAGAAGGAAUGGGAGACGCACAAUUACUGGUUCAACAAGCCGACCAAGGUAUAUACUAAGGUUCAGCGUCCUCUCAACAGCUCCCUCGAUGGUAGCAACCACGAGAGCUACUACACACCGUCAAGCUUCCUCAUGCCCACAACCGCCUUCCUGGCCUUGCCAGCCGAGGUACGCAUCAACAUCUACAACCACAUCUCGCCAGUCAACACCUCUUUCGCCUCAUACUCCGGUCUCCUGCAAACAUGUCACCUCAUCCGCAAAGAAUGGAAGUACGAAGCAAAGAAACACAUAUCCAAAGAAUACACCCAACUCCAAACUUUCCUCGCCAUCCACAACAUACGCAUCCUCACGUCCGCCCGCGAUUCAUUAAACAGAUCAAAGAUCGUACUCCGCCUCCCACCACUAGACCCCACGGCAGGCUCUACCAGGCUGCCAAAAUUCAUUCCCUGGCACUGGUCCUGGAUUACCACCGUCAUCCUCAUCUUUAGUAACGAGUGGCCGCGGAAUUACAGGUCGCAACUCGCCAUGUACAACCGGUACUGCGACACGCACAAGGCCCUGUGUCGAGAUAUCCUGGCCCCAGGAGCACGUACUAUUCCAGAAUACGACAAGUUAAUACGCGGGUUGGAUCACGUUUUGGUUUUAUACCUGAGCCUUGGCUUCAGUAUGGCGAAGGCUUAG